AUGGCUGGGUUGUCCAAAUAUGGGAGCAUGCUUUGCGCGUGUUCCGACACAGAUCGAGUCUUUGGAUACAGCUCAACGCAUUGGAUGGUCACAAUGCUCGGUGGCAUGGAUCAGUGCCAUUAUGAUCUCAUGCAUUCCACCCAAGCCAUCGGUAAUGCCAAGAUUCAACGACAUGACAUUGCAGCAACAGCUGCUUCAUCAGCCAUGGGAUAUGCAAAUUCUGGAUCAUUUUCUGACAUUGAUAUCUCAGAGGAGAGCUUAGUAGGACCAUUUAACCUUACAGAUGAAGAUUCACAGCCAGAUGCAGAUGUGGCUUCGGGCAUUUCUGUGAGUGAAAAAGAAAGAAGGUACAACUGGGAGAAGCCCCUGUACAAUGCCCAAAUCCCGGAAGGGGAAGACAAUCCGUACGCCUCUGGAUGGGCAGUGCAGAAAGGAUGA